GGAAAUUUUGCUAUCAAGCUUUUAUGGCUAAUAAAUAUUUUUGAAGGUUUCAUGGACCACACAAGCUGGUUUCAUUGGAUUGUAACCAUAUCCAUUCUUCCAAAUCCCAUCCAAGUUUCCAUCACUUGAGCACUCGUCCUAGAUCAGAAUCUAGAGUUGAGGAUAGUAACUAGUUCCUAGUUAAUCUCACUCUCUUGUUUGGCUAACUUAAGUUAUUGUAUUUAAUUAUUGAAUCCUUCAUCCUGCAAUGCCAGGAACCAUCAUGGUUUCAGUGCUGGAAUUCAUGGAUCUUCCAUUAUCUUCAUCAACAUCCAUAAGGGCUUCCAUGGGGAAAUUAGAGUACCAAAUGAGUGACAAGGGAAACUUUUCCUUCCCCUUAACUAGCCUCCGUGAUGAUUUGAUUUUCAAAAUUCUUGAUGCUGAGGGGAAUGAAAUGUCACGUACAGGUGUUCAAAUUAGGUUGAUUUUAGAGAAGGGUGUUUGGGAAGAGAAUUUUCCCCUUGGGGGUGGCCAUUUGCGUUUGAAGUUGCAAUUCAUUCUUAGUGAUGAAGAGCGUGAAAGAAUUCGUUCUUUGAGACAAUCUGCAUUAAAGAAAAAACAUGAUGAGCUUCUUAGUAGUGGCAGAAGAGGUGCAGAAAGUGAUGACAGAACUGUUACUAGCAAUGCUGCAUUACCUUUCCGCACAAAUGAUGAGAAACUUAAUAGUUAUGAAUGUGGUCCUACAUUCCCUCAAAGGCUUUUUCCUGAUGUUGUAAGUGCUCCAUCUUCUCAAGAAUCACCAAAGAGACUCCUUCAACAUGAAGCAGUUUCUCGAAUGCAAGGUCCUGCUAGUUCCUCCAGUGACAAAGAAUCUGAUCCUAGAAAUGUAGCUGGGCCUCAACUUGACCAGAAGAAACAGUUAAUCCCAAACAUUGCAGAUCAAUAUAAGGAGACCUCAUCUACAAAACCCUUGUCACAAGCAGUUAUUCCCUCUCAAUUACAACACAAGGGUAAGAAGCCUUCCAAUCAGUCACCAUAUGAGAAACACCCUCAGAGGGCUAUUGGAUCAGAAGAAAUUGCAAUUUUGUUUGACUCAGAAAAAAAUGAUGCCCUGACAAGUAAUCUGAUACAACCUAAUUUAGUGGAAGGUGGUCUUCAAUAUUCUGAGAAGAAGAUCUCACCAGGGAGGACUCCCAGUAAUGUGAGGAAAAUGAUUAGUGCUUUUGAAGGUGGAUUGGCUAAGGAUGACAGAUCUAAUAUUAAACCACCUCCAACAAAACAUCAAGCAAUUUCAAUUGAAGGGAAAGAUUACUCCAAGACUCGGCAUUUGGAGCAAGAUAAGUCAAGGAGCACAGAGCCAGUAGAAUUAUCACAAGAAAGGGUGAAAAGUGUCUCCUUGAAUGCAGCAUACGUUGGUACUGGAACUGAGGGGAGCAAGUAUGAAAAGAUACAGGAAAUUAAAGAAUCAAAGCCCAAGACUUCUGCUGAUAAUGGAGAUGAAAAUUCUGGAGGACCAAUUAAUCAGGUAGUAAAAGUUGCAAUCAUUAUAGGAUUUGGACUACUUGUUCUCGUAUUCAGACAAAGAAAAAGAAGUAAUGGAGAGAGGCAAAAGGAUGUAUUUAACUUUCUGAAUUUACCAGAAUGAAGAAGAAGGCUGAGUGAAAAUCAGUUAAACAAAUAUCAAAUUCUUCAUUUGUUGAAGCAUGCACAAGAAUCUGCAGGCUUCAGUCAAGUCAACAGCAUUCAAGUUUCAUAUUGUGGUCCAAAUUUUAAUGCAGUCCAAUUCUUCUUGUUGAACAUCUUUCAUUACCGAAACCUUGGCAUUGCUGAGACAGUUACAUCCUUGGCAACGAAAUAUGUCAGAAAAGAAGCUUGAACAUUGAUAUUCAUUGACGUUGAGAGGCUUAAGGAAAGUUAUAUAAGUUCAUUUUCCACACGGAUGGAAUAAAACUUUAUAACAUUGUUCUUUUAUUGCUUCAAUGUACAAUAAGUUGGAGAAAAUCUGUAAAGUUUUCCAUGUUAAGGAUUGUAGCAACUAAUUAACCUGUGUGUUUUGUUGAUAACAACCAGCACAAUUUGUCAGUUUGUGAAAUUCAUGGCAUAUUAAGACUAUAUGGCCUCA